AUGGAUUUGGCUGACAAUGAUGGCAACACUGCCUUGAUCAUUGCAUCAGUCAGGAACUAUGGGGAGACUGCGCGCUUGCUUCUUGAGGCACGGGCAGAGACUUCCUUGGUCGACAAAGAUGGCGAUGCCGCACUGACACAUGCAUCGGCCUGGGGUUACCUUCAGAUUGUUCGGCUGUUGCUGGCUGCUUUUGCGGACACUGGCUCAGCAAACAAGGUCGGCCGUGACGCGCUCAUGGAUGCGUCCGAGAGGGGCAAUGUUGAAGUUGUGCGGUAUCUGCUGGAGGCCAGGGCCGGCGUGGACAUGGUUGACAGUGAUGGACAUAGUGCCCUGACAAGCGCUGUUUCAGCCAACCAAGAGGAA